ACAUACGUGUAACUCUCAAGGGGCAUCAAUUUGAGGGUCCCGUUUGUUCACCACCAUCAAUCCCUCGUCGCAUGGAGGAAGAGCAGAAACACUGACGGUGCCAGAUAAGGAGCGGAGGAGUCUCCGAUCCUUCUUUCUUUCCUCUUCUUCGUCACUGUCAUCAUUUUCCAUUUUCUUUUUCUGUUCCUCAGCUUGUCUACUGGUGAAGAGACCGAGGGUGCUGUUCGUCUUUGAACCCUUCUUAUGGAUCGUGCUGUAGUCGCCCACCUGCCCACUUCCUCAUCUUCGCUCUCCUGCUGCUCUCCUUACUCUGCGCCGCUGAGGAGGAAGACGGCGCGUCCUGCUUCUCAAAUUGGGGUUCCGACGCUUUCUUUCUUUUGCAAUUCUGCUUUCUCUCCAUGCACUGCCAGGCUAGUUACCGGCAUUCCUCCGGUGGGCAAGGUCCGGCUUGGAUGUAGACGUGUUUCGCCGUCAGCCACGCCCAAUCGACGGCUCUCUUCUGUCAGGGCAUGUUCUAAAGUUGGAGCGGCUGGUUCAAAUUCACUACCAAACAAGUUUUCACAAUUCAGUGAUGCAUGUUGGCGGUUUCUAAGGCCUCAUACGAUUCGUGGGACGGCCUUAGGAUCUGUAGCUUUGGUGACUAGGGCUUUGCUUGAGAAUCAACAUCUGAUAAACUGGUCGCUGUUGUUGAAAGCCAUUUCUGGCCUAAUUGCGCUUAUCUGUGGAAACGGCUACAUAGUGGGAAUCAACCAAAUAUAUGAUAUCGGAAUUGAUAAGGUAAACAAACCUUAUUUGCCUAUAGCUGCUGGGGAUCUUUCAGUUCAGUCUGCAUGGAUCCUGGUCUUGUGUUUUGGCAUAGCUGGUCUUGCAAUAGUCUCAUCAAAUUUUGGAACUUUCAUCACAGCCUUGUACACUCUUGGUCUCUUGCUGGGUACCAUUUAUUCUGUUCCUCCUUUUAGACUGAAGAAAUUCCCAGUUGCUGCAUUUCUUAUAAUUGCUACAGUUCGUGGAUUUCUUCUAAAUUUUGGGGUAUAUUAUGCCACAAGAGCAGCCUUAGGGCUGAAGUUUGAAUGGAGUGCAGCUGUUCUUUUCAUUACCAUCUUCGUGACAGUGUUUGCAUUGGUCAUCGCCAUAACUAAAGACCUUCCAGAUGUGGAGGGAGACCGCAAGUUCCAGAUAUCAACCUUAGCAACCAAACUUGGUGUUAGAAACAUUGCAUUUCUUGGGUCAGGCCUUUUGCUGGCAAACUAUGUGGGAGCCGUACUUGCAGCAUCUUAUUUUCCCAUGGUUUUCAGAAGGAAUUUAAUGAUAGUAGCACAUUUGAUCUUGGCAUCAAGUUUGACUUUUCAGGCGUGGUUACUGGAACAGUCAAAGUAUACAAAGGAAGCAAUAUCAAAGUUCUAUCGAUUCAUAUGGAAUCUCUUCUACAUUGAAUAUAUUAUCUUCCCUUUCUUGUAGGGGAGGGAGAGAGAGAGAGUGAGUGAUUUGGCUUGUAUUAUUUGAUAAUGUAAAUUAUGAAAUUCCAGCCAAUGUAUUGCAGUUGAGAAGUUUCUUGUAUUAUAUUCAUUGUUCCAUA